CAGCGCGCCGCUCAGCGUUCACUGUAUGCUAGUGCGUGUGCGCGCAUUGUGUGUGAGUGAACUGCCGGCGAGCUUAAAAAUAUAAUCGAGCGGCGGGAAUGUCUGGCAGGUCAGUGCGCGCGGAGACCCGGAGCAGAGCCAAAGAUGACAUCAAACGCGUUAUGGCGGUUAUUGAGAAAGUACGAAAAUGGGAGAAAAAGUGGGUGACGGUUGGAGACACAUCACUGCGUAUCUUCAAAUGGGUUCCAGUGACUGAAUCAAAGACAGAUGAUAAGAAUAAAAAGAAAACGGGCAGAGAGGAGAAAUACGGAUCAGAGGCCACGACUCCGGAGAACAGUUCCUCCCCUGGAAUGAUGGACAUGCAUGAUGAGAACAGCAAUCAGAGCUCAAUAGCCGAUUCCUCUCCUGUGAAGAUGGAGACCAGCUGUAGCACAAGCCCAACACCAGAGGCCGCUGCUUCCUCUCACACCGAUGCAAACGAAAGCAAGGCUGAACGCACAACGUCUCCUGACAAAGAGAAUUGUAACUCUGCCCAUUCAGUAACAAGCAAAAAAGAUACCCGGUCAUCAGGGGAGAAGGAGUCUCUAUCAGACACCUUGAAAAACACUCAGGAAAGUGAAGAUGCUUCCCCACCCACUAAGAAAAGCAAAGUGGAAUCAUCUUCUCAGGACUUGGAUAACUAAGCUGACUAGUGUCCUGUCACAAGUCCCUGUCGCAACCAGUGAGGAAAAGCGUCCUUACUCACCAAACCAUUCUUGAUCUUCACUGUAAACACAACGUUUGCCAAGUAGAGCUUCACCCAGUUCGUCUUCUUACCUCUUAAAGUCUGUGAAGCGGAGGUCUGCUGACAUCACUGUGCUGUCGACAAACACUGACCUGAUCCUGUGCAACCUCCCUCCAACAAACUCCUGUACAAUAUAUACAGCGUUAGUAUGAAAGUCAAUGCACUGCGUAGAUUUGAAAUGAUAAAAGAUGGAUUUGCUGCUGUGAUCAUCUUUUAUUAUCAUUUCAAUGACUCUACUCGUUGUUUUUCUGACUACUUGCAGAAAGGUUGUAUUGUUAUAGUGUGGGUUCUUCAUUUGUUACAUAGAUUAUGGGAUCUUUCUUUCAAUCUGUGGCUUUUGGUUUUUCCAAUCUUACACAUUAAGUUAAAUUGAUAUAUACCUCACUUGCAAACUUGCGAGCUGGAACUCCAUUCUUGAUCAUUGGAAGAUAAAUUUAAUUUAGAUAAAGUUUUCAAUAAGGUCAUUUUUAACAAUAAAGCCAUUCUGACUUUGGUCCAUUGUAGCAAUGUUAAGGGAACUCGUGAUGAUGUACUAGUAGAACAAAAACAUUUGGGACCAUGUUUUCUUGAAAUUAUUUUAUCUUGUACAGUUGAUUAAUUUGGUUUUAUUUAUUGCAUCAUUAGUGCUUGUUUGUUUUUAGCAUAUUCGAUUUCUUUUUAUAAAAAUGGUAACACACUGAAUCAGA